AUGGCCCCAGGGUUCAGUCCAACGAUUGCAGGUUACGCAAAGGCAUGGACUCAGAACCUGGCGCAGCUUACUGUAAAGGGUUCUGGUCACUUUGUACCGAUGGAUCGUCCAGCCCAGGCCCUUCAAAUGCUUGUCAAUUUCAUAACAAAUCAGCCAAACUACAGUAACCCGAUAUUUUAUGUGGACACAACUCCAAAGCCUUUGCUCACGGCUCCUGUAGCUCCACCAAACUGCACUCGCAAGGUCAACUUGUUUGUCUUCGUUCUGCUA